CUCUCUCUUUGUUUUCAAAAUUUAAAAAAUUUCUCCGAAGAGGAGUUGCAGAGCGAAGGGAUGAGCUUUUAGAUAUUUGGGUUUAUCUGUUUUCAUUGAUCUCUUCUCCUCCAUUCGUGUUCCAGAAAGAUUAAUUCUUGGAUGUUAUUGAGGUUGAAUCUUGAUUGAGUAUGGUGGUACCUUUGUGAAACCCUAAUUUGGGACAGAAGGGGUUCUAGAUUUGGAUUUUGCUGCUUGGAAAAUGCUGGUUGAAGAGAGAACAAGUAAUGGUGGUUCUAUAGGCUGCUCUGCGUUGGUUCCUUGUGGGAAUGGUGCUGCCCUUAAUGGACAUACAUUUGGGUCUGAAGGGCUGAAUACUGAUGGGAGCUUUGGGGAGUGCUCGGAGUGUUUGGCUGAUGGUUUACGUACUUACAAGCGGCGGAAACACUUGAGGCUGACUGCAGGUACUAAUCCGCAGGAAAAUGAAAGAGUUUCUUCUGAUACGCCAAGUCAAACGGACCAGUCUGUAAGGAAGUCAAAGGACAUAAUUCUACACAGGAAUUCCUAUGAGCUAGAUGGUUGUUAUAGAGUAGACAUCCCUGUUCUUCUAGAUGGUUCAGAUGAUUGCCCAACUGGGCACUGGAGGGGGAUUGUACUCGAACUCAUCUUACGGUCAUUGAGUGUGAGUGAAGGUGGUAUUCAGAGCUGCAUCCAGGAAGCAGUCAUGUCCAGUUCCUGUAUUAUGUCUAAGAUGAAUUGUGCCUACCCUAAAAUUGCAGGGGGCCAGGAACCUGGUCACUGCCAUGAAAAUAGCCUUAAGAUCAAUUCACAGUUACACAAGGACUCCAAAGUUCCAGACAGAUCUCAGAGUGUUUGGAAGGAGCAUGAGAAUGCUACUUCAAAUGGAUCCCAAAACGAGGCAAACAACCAAGCAGAUGUUCAUCGUGUCACUGACUUAUGCCAGCGUGCUCUCCACAAUGUUAUGGUUUCGGAGAAGUUUGAUUUGCUGUGUAAGUUACUAUGUGAAAGUUUUGAAGGCAUCAAGGUUGAAAGAUUUCUAGAUUUUAGUGUCAUGAACUCUAGGAUAAAAGAUGGGGCUUAUGAACAGUCUCCUGUCCUCUUCUCGACAGACCUUCAACAGAUAUGGCGUAAGAUCCAGAAGAUUGGUAGCGAAAUGGUUUUUCUUUCAAAGGGUCUUUCAGAUAUAUCACAGAACUCCUACAGUGCACUGGUUGGAGGCUCGAUACAUGUCAAUUGCGAAGAAGGGAAAAAUGAGGAGAUCAAUCAUGUUGGUGCUAAACAAAAUGCUGGAAAACGAUUUUCUGUCCCAGAAUCUGACCAUGAAACUAAGCCGAAACAAACAGAGGUACGUGGAUCAGAAAAGAUAAAUAAUUGCAGGCAGUGUGGUGUCAAAGCAGAUGGGAAAAAUCGCCUCGUCUGUGAUUCAUGUGAGGAGGUGUACCAUUUCUCUUGCAUUGAGCCUGCUCUUGAAGAGAUCCCAUCAAGAAGCUGGUAUUGUGCCAACUGCACUGCGAGUGGGAUUGAAUCUCCACAUGAGAAUUGUGCUGUAUGUGAGAGGCUCAAUGAUGCCAGGACCCAAACCAAUGGAAGUGGGGAGACACUUCCAAUGGAAGAAGACAUGCUGAGUGAUUUGGAAGAGAGUUCAGAUUGUAGUAUGAAAGCUGAAGAUGGGCUUGAGUCAUGCAAUGGAAACAGAAGACUGCGCUAUUGCAAAUUGUGUGAAAUUGGGGAAGAGGAUAGCCGGAGGUUACGAGUAUGUGGACAUCCCCACUGCCCUAACAAAUACUACCAUCUCAGAUGCUUGACAACUGAGCAGUUAAAAUCCUAUGGGCCCCGUUGGUACUGCCCUUCUUGUCUUUGUAGAGCUUGUCUCACUGAUAAGGAUGAUGACAAAAUUGUACUCUGUGAUGGCUGUGAUCUUGCUUACCACAUUUAUUGUAUGGAACCACCUCGUACUUCAAUUCCAAGGGGAAAAUGGUUUUGCAGCCAAUGUGGUGCUGGGUUCAAAGCGAUAAACAACGCAAAGAGGGCAUAUGAGGAGAAACAGCAGAGGAAGCAAGUAGGUGAAUCGAAUGAAGCAGUUGGAUCAGUGGAUAUGCUGUUAAAUGCUGCUGAGAAGCUGAAAUGUGAGGAGAAGUUAGCUGCUACCAGGAAGAACAGAUAGGUAGACCAGAGUUUCCUAGAAGGAAGAAAAAGGAAAAGUGAAAGAAAGUAGAGCUUGUUCUAUUAUUCAAGAUGGUGAAGGUGGUUGUGUAUCAACAUCUUUAUCUGGCUGUUGUGUAGCUCAUAGUUUGAUGUGAUGGGCUGCUGCUUGAGCAUAAUUAUAGUUGACAAUCAUUCUUGUUGGAGAGAAGGGACAAGAGCUAUUCUCAUUAAGAGGGGGUUGGUGGGGGACUAGAGCCGUGAAAAUUUCUAUUACUUGCCUGAGUGCAAUGGUAAGUACAGCUUUCUAACAGAUGUAAGUAGAAGGCUGGCUGGUGAAUUGUUGUAAAAUUAAGAAUUUGUUUUCAAAAUAACUUGUUACUUUGUAAUCAAAAUUCAAAGAUGUUUUUGAGAUGAAAUCUUGUUGAUCUCAGUUGGUCGUUUAAUUUCUCUAA